AGAUGUAGAAAGGGCAGCCCAAACUCAGAAACUUCUCAAAGCAACCCAACUCUCAACCCAACUCCUGACACCAUGGCCUGCUGCUCCACCAGCUUCUGUGGAUUUCCCUCCUUCACCAUGAGCAGGACCUGCGACUCCAGCUGCUGCCAGCCAAGCUGCUGCCAGCCAAGCUCCUGCCAGACCAGCUGUGGCAUCAGUGGUGGCGUUGGUGGUGGCAUUGGUGGUGGCCAGGAGGGUGGUUACGGAGCUGUGAGCUACCGCACCAGGUGGUGCCGCCCUGACUGCCGAGUGGAGGGCACCUCCCUGCCCCCCUGCUGUGUGGUGAGCUGCACCCCCCCAUCCUGCUGUGAGCUGCACCAGGCCCAGGUCUCCUGUUGCCGCCCAUCCUACUGUGGACAGUCCUGCUGCCGCCCAGCCUGCUGCUGCCAGCCCACCUGCUGCCAGCCCACCUGUUAAAAGCAAGGUUGCUGAUUACUUAAGAAUGAAAGGGGAAGCACAGCAAAACUGCACUGAUCUCUAAAGAAAUGUUCAAUUUUACUUGGAUGCUAAGAUCACGAUGUUUCUAAGCUGCUCAGAAAUAACAAAAGUAUUCGUCAGGACCCUCUUGGACAUGCUGAAUUAGCCCAUUGAAAACAUAUAUCAGUCAGAGGGUCUGCAAUAUCCUGCCUUGCUUGAGCAGGGUACAAGGGUGGGAUAGUUCUUCGUUUCAGUCACAUCUCUGUUCUCCUCCCUAUCUCUUGAUCUCCAUGUAUUUUCAGCCCUGCUUUCUCCUUGAAUAUCCCCUGUUAAUUUCAAAUAAAAUGUUUAAAUGUUCAAAGCAAA